CUCCCCAACCAGGGAUCGAACCCACACCCCCUGCAUUGGAAGGCGAAGUCUUAACCACUGGACCGCGGGAAGUCCCAGCCACGCUCUCUGAAUUGCUGUCGCUUUAUAAUAGUCUUGACGUCCAUUGAGAAAGUCUUCCUGUCUUGUCUCCUUCUUCCAGAAUGUCUAGGCUUCUCUCGCCCUGGUAUUUCAGUGUCAGUUUGUGUCAGGUGCCACAAACACACCUGUUGAGGUUUUGGUUAUCGUUGCCUUGAGCAGUUUGAGGAAAAUUAGCACGUUUGCAUUACGGUGCCUUCUAGCAAAUGGACAUAAUAGGUUCCUCCAUUCAUUCAAAUCUUUUUCAACCUCAGUACUGUUUUAUAAGUUUCUGGGGGGAGACUUUGCAUAUUUUUUGUAACACAUUUUCUUAGAUAUUUGGCAUGUUUAUUUAAAUCUUAUUAUAAAUAGUAUCAUUAAAAUUUUUAUUUGCUGUUUAUUGAUGGCACAUAGAUAUUAAAUGCUAUUUGCGUAUUGCUGUUAUAUCUGAUAGCCUUGCUAAUUUCAGUUAUAGGAUUCAUGAUAUGUGCAGUCACGUCUUCUGCAAAUAAUGACAGUUUUGUUUCUUAUUGUUUUACCUUCUCUGCCGCUUUCACCCCAGUCGCAUUGGCUGAGACUUUCAGUAAAAGGCAGCUGUCCUUGACUUACUCCUGCUCUCUGAGGGAAAGCUUUCAAUAUCUGACCAUUAGUUAUGAUACCGCCUGUGGAAUUUUUAAAGAUGACUUUUAACAAUCACAUUAAGGAAGUUUCCUUUCAUCCCAAAUUUAAGAAGGAUUUUUAAAAUCCUGAAUGGUAAAUUAUUUUAGUUUUUUUCACCUUUAUUCUGUUAAUGUGACAAAUUAUGUUGAUUUUCUGUUAAACCUCUUCGCAUGGUUGCAGAGAGGUCAUGAUGCGUUUUUCUUUUUAUAAGUAUCUGGAUUCAGUUUGGAAAUCUUUACAUGUUACAGUUACAGCUAUUAACAUCUUGAGUUGACCUUUCUAUUUAGGCAAAGGCAGCGGUGUUUUGAGUUGACUAUUUUUCUCAUUUAUUUCUCAGGCCCCACAGUUCACUUAUCUCACAACGUUGUGCCCGAGUUUAGACUAUUUACAGCAAAGGGCGUGUGGUUGCCGCGUGGUUGCCCAGGGGUGGGGAGGGUGAAGGACGGCUCUGUCUUCCUGCGUUCAGCACCGCACGCGCAGGGUGAGUGGGAGGGCUGCUUCCGGUUUGGGGUGGACUCAGGCGUUUCUGUCUUCCUCCCCCUCUCCCCCUGCCCUUCACUGUCCCGCGUAUCAUGUGCCGUGUUCCUCAGGGAAGCACCCACAGGGCUGGGCACCUUCAGGAGGGGUCCAGACGCUCCCCUCCAGCCACCCGUGGCUCUGCCAGGUUCCCUAACAUCUCCCUGACUGUCUCCUCUUGAGUGAAAGCAGAGAUGAAGAUGGAGCCACCUCAUGAAUUGUUGCUGUAAAGGCAAACUUUGGAGUCGGAGUUUAAAACUAGCUUAUACUCUACUUAAUAAACUGACUAGUAAGAAUGAACCACUACUUAAACCUGGAGACAGAGUGGCACUGGUGUUUCCUAAUAGCGACCCUGUCAUGUUCACUGUUGCGUUCUAUGGGUGUCUCCUGGCAGAGCUGGUUCCUGUCCCCAUCGAAGUGCCACUAACAAGAAAGGACGCUGGCAGCCAGCAGGUCGGGUUUCUGCUGGGCAGCUGUGGCGUCGCCCUGGCCCUGACCACGGACGCUUGUCAGAAAGGCCUGCCCAAGGCCCAGACCGGAGAGGUGGCGGCCUUCAAAGGUUGGCCCCCCCUCACCUGGCUGGUGAUCGACGGGAAGCACCUGACUAAGCCCCCCAAGGAUUGGCACCCAUCGGCGCAGGACGCGGGGGCCGGGACCGCCUACAUCGAGUAUAAAACCAGCAAAGAAGGCAGCACCGUGGGGGUCGCAGUGUCCCACGCAUCCCUGCUGGCACAGUGCCAGGCUCUGACCCAGGCAUGCGGCUACUCAGAAGCUGAAACGUUAACAAAUGUGCUGGAUUUCAAAAGGGACGCCGGCCUGUGGCACGGAGUGUUAACAAGUGUCAUGAACAGGAUGCACGUGGUCAGCAUCCCAUACGCGCUGAUGAAGGCGAACCCACUCUCCUGGAUUCAGAAAGUGUGUGCGUAUAAAGCCCGGGCCGCGCUGGUGAAGUCCCGCGACAUGCACUGGUCGCUCUUGGCGCAGCGAGGUCAGAGGGACGUCAGCCUCAGCUCCCUGCGCCUGCUGGUCGUGGCCGACGGUGCGAACCCGUGGUCCAUAUCCUCCUGUGACGCGUUCCUCAACGUCUUCCAGGCCAGAGGGCUGAGGCCGGAGGUGAUCUGUCCCUGCGCCAGUUCCCCGGAGGCGCUCACGGUGGCCAUCCGCAGGCCGCCUGACCUGGGGGGCCCUCCUCCAAGAAGAGCUGUGCUGUCGAUGAGCUGCCUCAGUCACGGGGUGAUCAGACUGGACGCGGAAGAGAAGCUCUCGGUCCUGACGGUUCAGGAUGUCGGUCAGGUGAUGCCUGGAGGUGAGGUCACAGCUGGGGAUGGUCUUGUCCUGCGGCCGGGCGGCAGCAAAGGCUCUGGAGCACGCGAGCACCAGAGGGCUUCAGCUAACGUGUGUGUUGUGAAGGUGGAGGGGACCCCUUACCUCUGUAAAACCGAUGAAGUUGGAGAAAUCUGCGUCAACUCCAGCGCGACGGCGACAGCAUACUAUGGGCUGCUUGGGAUCACAAAGAACAUCUUUGAGACUGUCCCAGUCACGGCAGGGGGCGCACCCGUCUGCGACAGACCUUUCACCAGGACGGGGCUGCUGGGCUUCAUCGGGCCUGAUAACCUGGUCUUCGUCGUGGGCAAGCUGGACGGGCUGAUGGUGGUGGGGGUCCGCAGACACAACGCGGACGACAUCGUGGCCACCGCACUGGCCGUGGAGCCCAUGAAGUUUGUCUACAGAGGCAGGAUUGCGGUGUUCUCCGUGACAGUGCUGCACGAUGACCGGAUCGUGCUGGUGGCAGAGCAGCGGCCCGAUGCCUCAGAGGAGGACAGCUUCCAGUGGAUGAGCCGUGUGCUACAGGCCAUCGACAGCAUCCACCAGGUGGGCGUGUACUGUCUGGCCCUGGUUCCUGCGAACACCUUGCCCAAGGCCCCUCUAGGAGGGAUUCACGUUUCUGAAACCAAACAGCGCUUUCUGGAGGGGAUGCUGCACCCGUGUAACGUGUUAAUGUGCCCUCACACGUGUGUUACCAACCUUCCCAAGCCUCGCCAGAAGCAGCCAGAGGUUGGGCCAGCCUCCAUGGUUGUUGGGAACCUGGUCGCUGGGAAGAGAAUCGCUCAGGCCUCGGGCAGGGAGCUGUCUCACCUGGAGGACAGUGACCAGGCGAGGAAGCUCCUGUUCCUGCCCGACGUGCUGCGCUGGCGGGCCAGCACCACGCCCGAGCACCUGCUCUUCCUGCUGCUCAGCGCCAAGGGCACAGUCACCAGCACCACCACCUGCAUCCAGCUGCACAAAAAAGCUGAGAGAGUGGCCGCUGCUCUGAUGGAGAAGGCCAGGCUCACCACCGGGGCCCACGUGGCCCUGGUCUACCCCCCAGGGGUGGACCUCAUUGCCGCCUUCUAUGGCUGCCUGUACUGCGGCUGCGUGCCCGUCACUGUGCGGCCCCCGCACCCCCAGAACCUCGCCACCACACUUCCCACCGUCAAGAUGAUUGUGGAGGUCAGCAAGUCUGCGUGCGUACUCACGACACAGGCCAUCACGCGGCUGCUCAAGUCCAAAGAAGCACUGGCCGCCGUGGACGUCAGGACCUGGCCGACCAUUCUAGAUACAGAUGACAUACCCAAGAAGAAGGUGGCCAGCAUCUUCAGGCCCCCGUCCCCAGACGUGCUCGCAUACUUGGACUUCAGCGUGUCGACCACGGGGAUCCUGGCGGGUGUGAAGAUGUCGCACGCAGCCACCAGCGCCCUGUGCCGCUCCAUCAAGCUGCAGUGUGAGCUGUACCCCUCCAGGCAGAUCGCCAUCUGCCUCGACCCCUACUGUGGCCUCGGCUUUGCCCUGUGGUGUCUGUGCAGUGUCUACUCGGGACACCAGUCGGUGCUGGUGCCCCCGCCCGAGCUGGAGACCAACGUGUCCCUGUGGCUGUGGGCUGUCAGCCAGUACAAGGCCCGUGUCACCUUCUGCUCCUACUCGGUGAUGGAGAUGUGCGCCCGGGGCCUGGGCGCGCAGACAGCGGUGCUCAGGGUGCGUGCCGUCCGGGCCUGGAGAGAGCCCCGGACCUCUCCCAGCAGCCGAAAACCCUCCCGGGGCGCCCCGCCCCCUGCUAUGAAGGGCGUGAACCUGUCGUGCGUGCGCACCUGCAUGGUGGUGGCCGAGGAGCGGCCCAGGAUCGCGCUCACACAGUCCUUCUCCAAGCUGUUCAGGGACCUGGGUCUGCCUGCACGCGCUGUGAGCACCACGUUUGGCUGCAGGGUCAACGUGGCCAUCUGCCUCCAGGGCACGGCCGGCCCGGACCCCACGACCGUCUACGUGGACAUGAGGGCACUGCGCCAUGACAGGGUACGUUUGGUGGAACGGGGUUCUCCGCACAGUCUGCCAUUGACAGAGUCUGGAAAGAUCCUCCCUGGAGUGAAGGUCAUCAUUGCCCACAGCGAGACCAGAGGGCCCCUUGGAGACUCGCACCUGGGCGAGGUCUGGGUGAGUAGCCCGCACAGCGCCACUGGGUACUACACGGUCUACGGGGAGGAGGGGCUCCACGCCGACCACUUCAGUGCCCGGCUGAGUUUCGGAGACACCCAGACCGUUUGGGCAAGGACUGGCUUCCUGGGAUUCCUCCGAAGGACAGAGCUCACCGACGCCAGUGGAGAGCGACACGAUGCGCUGUACGUGGUGGGGUCUCUGGACGAGACGCUGGAGCUGAGGGGCAUGCGCUAUCACCCCGUCGACAUCGAGACGUCAGUGAUCCGGGCACACAGGAGCAUCGCCGAGUGUGCCGUGUUCACCUGGACCAACCUGCUGGUGGUGGUGGUGGAGCUGGAUGGACUGGAACAGGAUGCACUGGACCUGGUGGCCCUGGUGACGAAUGUGGUGCUGGAGGAGCAUCACCUGGUGGUGGGCGUGGUGGUCAUCGUGGACCCAGGUGUCAUCCCCAUCAACUCCCGCGGGGAGAAGCAGCGCAUGCACCUGCGUGACGGCUUCCUGGCCGACCAGCUGGACCCCAUCUACGUCGCCUACAACAUGUGAGCACAGCUCACACCCCGGCCCUGAGAGGGGCCUCGGGGCGUGUCGGAGGUGCUAGGAUGUGUGAGAACACGGCAGCAUCUGCGGACCCCAGGCCCUGGGAGCACGGUGCCCCGCCUCCUACGCUCUUACAGGUCCAUCUCAUUUUUAAAAACCACUUCCUGAGUGAUUCAAAGAAAUCUUUUUAUUAUCAAGGACAUUUACAGAAGCAUGAAUGUCAGUAUUUUAACAGAUGGGGUGACUGGGAAAGAGGCCUGGUGUGGGCGCUGCGGGAGCUGCAGGUGUGAGUCUGCACGUUUUUAGGCUGAAAAUACAGUUCUCAAUUUUAAAAAUUCAAAUGGUUUUUCUCACUUCAAAUGACGAGUUCAUAUACAGAAUGCAUGCUGGGAGGGACCUGAGGCCCAAGUACAGCUGUUUCGACGCUGAUUCACAGGAAAGCGUGGAGCCCAGAAAGGCUGGUGGACAGGAGUGAGCCUGGCCUGGCCGCCCUGCCCACCUUUGCGCCCCAGACCAGGCACUGGACGCACAUGCUUCCUCUCUUGAAACAGGUGUGCACGGCUGUCUGCCUGUGUGGUCACUAACGCUCGACAGGGGCCAUCUGGGGCCGUCAGGUGAGGUGCUCUGUUUCGGAAAGAUAAACCAGCAUUGAGUUUUAAACCACUUUCUAAGUUUCUGAUUUCUUGCUCUUCAACUGAAGUGCUUGUUUUCAUAACCACAGUAGAAGGUCUUCUCACUGCACGGAAGUGUACUGAAUUAUUAUUUUUAUUCCACGUCAACAGAUGUGGAAGCCCCGGUGGGGUGAGGUUUCCGUCCUCGGUGAUGUCUGCUGAGCACCGGCAGUGCAGCCGAGGGGCCCAGCCCAGGAGAGCCUUGCCCCUUGCUGUUGCGUUUUGAGUUGUGUGCCUGUAAGAUUUGGCCAAAUCAUGUUCAGUUAUUUUAUUCUAACUUGACCAGACUGAGUGGUAUAUUAUAGUAAGUCUAAAUCAAAGAAGAAAACGUGAUAUCCUUUAGUUACUUCUAAGAAUUGGAAGUGAAGCUCGAAUCUAAGACAGAGUAUUUUUGUAUCACUAAUGAAGAGUAUGUUACCAGUUGUCGGGGACUGAGGGUGGGAAAGUUUAUGAAUCAUGCAUGCUUCCUAGAACAACCAGGCUUUUCUGGAAUUCGCCUGGAUCAGUGCCUAACAAAGUUGUUACUAAUUCUCUACCACUUUACGUUCUCCACCAAAAAGGCCCAGCUCGCUGGGCCAGCUCUCACGUGUGGCUCGUAUUCGGCUCCAAGUGGCUUGCGCUCGGUAGCUGUCGGCCUGCAGCAUUGGCCCGCAGUGUGGUGUGUAACAACAUACUGGAGUUUGAAUAGUCCUCUUGUAAUUGUGUACAUAAUCUGUGUAACUUAUUGUUUGACAUACAGAGGUCCUAGGAGUUGACUAAUGGGCAUUCCUUAUAACAGAAUGGCCAGCAGGGGAAGAACUACCCAGCCUUGUAUGUUGUAGUUUUAUAGCAAACAAAUAUUAUAAAAUUUUUGUAUUGAAAGGUCGGUGGCAGUAAGACAAGAUGUCUUGUAAAUUAAGAUUUUAAGAAGCAUUAAAAUGUUUUAAAAUUACUCUCUGGGAAUUCUGUAUAUCACACUAAAAUUUUUAUAUCAUUAUGUUAAUAAAGUUAUUGACUGUUUGUAAUUCUGCAUUUUGAAAUGUGUGAAAAGGUUUUUAAAAUUACCCCAAAUACGAUGUAUUUUAUUAUGCAUUCUUCUUUCCUGGAUAUAAAAGCAUUUAUGCUACAGCAUAAAAUCUACAAAGCACAUUAAAGUAUAAAGAAGAAAAUUUAAAUCUCCCAUAAUCCUACCUCUCGGUGAUGACAGCAUUAGUAUUUGAUGUAAAUCCUUUCAAGGAUUUAUUUUUUCCUUUAAAACGCUUUUACAAAAUUAGGAUCGAUCAUUAUAAUUUUAUAAUCAGCUUUUGUAGUUAAUAAAUUAGACUUUUAAUCUGUUACAUA